CCGUUGUACGGUUCAGAAACUCUCUUCUUUUUGUUGUUGUUGUUGUUGUGGAUUCGGACAUGUGGACGGGAACCAGGGCGGAGUGCGAGGAGCAACAAAAGCGUCAACUCCUGGACGCUCACAUGAACUCGCACGCAGCAGGUUGCUUUCCAUUUUGACGCUCACACUUGUUUUGAUAUUCCACAGGAUCGAGCGUGUGAACAUAACAUUCUUUUAUUAUUAACAUUAUCAACGACACCAGGCCCGCACGCGCCACAACGGGAGAGGAGCAUUCAGACACACGGAAACCCGAGUGGCCUCGCGUGAAGAUGGAAGAGGAGCAUGACGGGCCCCCCGACGUCAAAGAGGAAAAGGAAGAAACGGACAUCGCUCAGGAGGCCCGAGAGCGUCUGCAGCAGCAGCAGCAGCGGCAGCGAGCCGGGGCUGACGUCGCAUGCUUUUCCGUCAUACGGGUGGUUGUCAAGGCUGAAGAUGAUCCAGGUGAGCCUCCACAGCUUCACAGAGGUCAAAGUGAGUCGGAAGCGGGCGGCGCGUCGGAGGCGGGCGGUGCGUCGGAGGGGGGCGGCGCGUCGGCCGCACUAUCCCACCCGCUCGACACCCACCCCGAGACCGAAGCAAAGCCCUUCGCUUGUGCCUUUUGCGGCAACGUUUUCACGAGGAGGACGCAUUUGAGGUCGCACGUGAUGACGCACACGGGCGAAAAACCCUUUCCCUGCUCACUCUGCUCUCAGAAGUUCUCUUCCAAGAGCAAUUUGAAGUCCCACGUGAGAACGCACACCGGGGAGAAACCCUUUGCCUGCUCGCUCUGCUGCCAGAGAUUCCCCCGGAAGCACACGCUGAUGGAGCACAUGAGGACGCACACUGGGGAAAAGCCUUUUCCGUGUUCAGUUUGCACCCAGACCUUCUCUUCCAGGAGCAACUUGAAGGCUCACGUGAGAAGACACACGGGCGAGAAACCUUUUGAUUGCUCAGUCUGCGGCGAAGGCUUCGCCACAAAGGCCAUCCUGUUGGUUCACACCAGGAAACACAGCGGAGAGAAACCAUUUGCUUGCGCAACUUGCGGCGAAAGAUUCACCCGCAAGGACACUUUGACGGUCCACGUGAGAACUCACACAGGAGAGAGACCUUUCCCCUGUUCGCUCUGCGGCCAAAGGUACUCGUCAAAGUGCAGUUUGAAGAUUCACACGAGGAGACACACUGGCGAGAGACCUUUCCACUGCUCGGUGUGCGGCCAAGGCUACGCUACCAAAGCCAUUCUGGUGGCACACAUGAGAACGCACACGGGGGAAAAACCUUUUUCCUGCUCCGUGUGCGCUCAAACCUUUGCUCACAAGUGCAACUUGAGGACACACAUGCGGAAACACGCUGCCGCCGAGAAGCGCAGCUGUGACGGCACGUUGGCUUCGCAGUCGGAGCCGGACGGGAAACCGUGUUAGCGCUACGGCGGGCGGCCGCCCACUCGCAAGACAUGCCGGUACAUCUGUGCUUUGGCCCGCUUUCUCUCGGGGAAUGUUUUGGUAGCCGGCCGGGUGUUGAAAGAGCGGCUUCAACAUGUUGACGCUGAAAACGGAUUUGGAGAAAGCAGACUUCCUUUGAUACAAGUUCAUUGUUGAGAAA